CAAAUGGGUGGACCUAUUUUCAAGAUAAUUAUGGUCCAAAUGGAAAAAUUUCUAACCCCCACAAGUGGGCGCGAUGCUUUACACUGGGUUUGGUUGACCACAAUCUAAACAUUGAAAGGUACCACCGCACAAUUAAAGAUUUUGGGUUGAAACAAAGCAAAAGGAUGGACGAACUGUGCUUUGACUUAACUAGGGUUGAUGGAUGGUAUCGUCAAAAAGAAGCUUACGUGCGGCAUGGAAUAAGGGGAGCUCACAAACCAUUGAGAAUGCAAUGCACUUACGAAUCCCUACAUCCUCAAAAUCCAAAAGAUUUUACAAUCUCAGUCUCUGAAGAAGGUUACUUAAUAUCUUCACAAGACUCGGAACACUUCUUGCCUAAAAACAAAAUUGGGUGCAAGGACAAACUUUGUUUGGUGAAAUGUCCUCAAUGCCCAAGGGAUGGUGCUUGUGCUCAUUUUUAUGUAUGUAAUUGCAUGUGUUACUCGUUGAGUAAUAUAUGUAAACACUGCCAUCUAAUUUCCAUGUCCAAUAUCCAACCAGCUCCAACAAUUGAAGACAAGGAUGUGGUUGAAGUGCACGAGUGUCCAAACCAAGAUGAUCUCUGUCACAAAGUUGACAAUUCCGGUCACAGAGCCAAUGAUUCCGGUCACAGAGCCGCUGAUUCCAGUCACAGAGCCGCCAAUUCUGGUCACAGAGCCGAUGAUUCCGGUCACAGAGCCGAUGAUUCUGGUCACAGAGCUCAUGAUUUUGGUCACAGAGGCAAUAGCCCGGGGGAAAGAUGCAACAAACCCGGCCUCAAGCAAGAUGAAAAUGGCCGUGAAGAAAAUGAGUCUCCUGGUGAUGUAACAAAGGAGUUUGAGCAUCAACGAUUGAACGCCAUUUCAAUUGCUCAUGAUGUUAUCACUUUCCUAAAAAAGGACUACCUUCUACGUGAGAAGAACAUCGUCAUUCAAUAACUGGAGGAAUUAAGUAAAAUGGUACCACCUCCUUCAAAAGCAGCUCAUGUUUUUCCGCAAAUUGACAAGCAAAGAAAGAGAGAACGGAUUUCUUCUACUUUUAAAGAGGCCCCACCAAAACGAAAAACGCCCAGCCCAAAAGAGCCAGCAUAUUCUAGCUCAACAAGCGAGCUAAUCAAAGAGUGCAGACACUCCUCUAUAGGCGAGCCUUGUUGGAUGUUUCUCUUAACAAUGAAUAUCGAGCUAGUUCUGAGAAAGGUUCAGGAAUGUUUGCCUUCAAUUGAAACUGGUCUCUUUCUUGAAAAUUUGAAUUUAGCAAGGUCAAUUUGGCAAUGUCAGUUAUGUAAAGAUUUGAGUUUUAUUGAAUGUAACUUGAGUGGUUACAUACAAUGUGACAAGUGCGAAAAGUGGUUCCAUGCCAAAUGUGUUGGUAUUGUCGAUGUCAGCGACAAAAAAGAUGAAAAUUGCCCUUGGGAAUGUUUCAAUCAUAAAUGAUCUUUUUAAUUAAUCCCCUGUUUGUCUCUGUACCCCGUUAAUAAAUGU